UGUUUGUGCACUCGUUACUCGCAAUUUUAGCCUAACCGUCGCAUUAUACUCGGUGACAUCUGCUCAUUUUUAAGUAAAAAUUAAAUUAAAAAUUGUGAGUUUCACUAGUUUAGGAAAUAUUGAUAGUAGAUAAAUGCAAAAUUGUUAAAACUAUAUUCCGAUGUAGUUAGGAGGCGGUGUUCAUUUACACCAGCAGUCAAUUCCGCUUACAGUCAUCUAUACUCGUUUUAUUUUCUUUGAGUGGCGUUGCUAACGUCUUGUUAUUGAUAAAUGCCGUCAUAGCAUUCUACAAAUAUCGACCUUGCUCCUGCGAAGCAACUUUUUGCGUGUGGAAAAUUAUUUUGGUUGAGCAGCGAACGGACAGAGUACAAAAAAAACAAAAAGCUACGAUAAGAAAUUAGCGGAAAAGGAGGCGUACAACGAGUGCCAAUUGCCGCUUCGAGCCUCGAAUGUCAGUUGGAUUUCGAAUCGACAGCGAUUUGACACGGUAGCAACAACAAUUUACUCUGCGCUAACAAAAAAACAAUAACAACCACGGUAAACAGCCCAAAAGUCAGCAUAGAAGAACGAGUGCAUACACUUGGAAACGAGCAACAAUUGAGCGAGUGAAUAAUUCCGCCGGAUUACCGCGCGUCGCGCAGCUGUUUUAUAUUGCCUACGUUUGCUGUUGUAUUUGCUUGCAAAGCCAUACACAGCCGCUGCCAAAGCAGCACAGUCGAGCUUAGUGAGUGAGUAAUCGUCGCAACGGAAAAAAAUCUUUAGUGAAACCCCCACGCUGAGGUGUUAAAACGAUUUAAAUCCAGUAGAAAGAGCUUUUUUCCAAGUAGGUAAAUCAAGAAAUAAUUUAGUAGGAAGUCACAUCAAGCUAUAAUAAAAUAUCGGAAAAAAAAUUGAAGUGUUGGACGAAAAAUUCGUCAGGAAUUACAGUAAGUGCCCUUCCGUUUGCAGUCAGCCAACGCUUAAGGAAAACUAUAAAAAAAAGCGAGAAAAAAACGCUCAACUACAUUGAAAAGUGCACACCACAGCCCCAAACGACAGAAGUAAAGCAUUCUCAGCCGAAAAGCCAGCCAUAGAAGCAAUAGCAAUAAGUUUAUUCGAAGUUGCACAGCCGCAGACGUGGACAAGUUCCAACUCCCACAAUGGAAUACAUUUCAGUUGGUCAGAGCGUCAAAAUUAAGCGCACAGAUGGCCGUGUGCACGCCGCAGUUGUGUCGAAAAUCAACGAGUCUGGUAAAUCGAUCACGGUGGAAUGGUACGAACGCAACGAAACAAAAGGCAAGGAAGUAGAAUUGGACGCCAUACUCGCAUUGAAUCCGGAAAUUCUACAAGAUCCCGAGCCGGAACAAAAUGCCGCACCCGAACCGAAGAAGCAAGCGACAGCACCCAUAAACCUGGCGCGCAACGCUACUCAAGGCGCCAUCGGUCAUCGCACCAAUCGUGCUACCAUCAACGCCACCAGUCUGCUCUCUUCGUCUGCUGUCUCGGAACACUCGGAGAACAUACCGCCGCCACCGACUACAGGUAUAGUGCGCUCGCGUACCACCAACAACGCAACACGUCUAGCCUCUGCUGCUGGGAGUGGCAGCGCUGGGGGUGGUGGUAUUGCCAUGAGUACCAGUGCCGGCAAUUCAUCUUCGAUUGCGUCCAGCUCAGUGGCCGGCAAUGUGGGCGGACGUCGUUCCUAUGUGGUCAAAGAAGUCGAGCGACUGAAGGAGAAUCGAGAGAAGAGGCGUGCACGUCAAGCUGAAAUCAAAGAGGAAAAGAAUGCGCUCAUGAAUCAGGAUCCGGGAAAUCCCAAUUGGGAGACAGCGCAAAUGAUACGUGAAUACCAGAGCACUUUAGAAUUUAAUCCACUUGUCGACGGGCAAGUCUACGAAGAUCAUCAAAUAACAGUAUGCGUACGGAAGCGACCACUUAGCCGGAAAGAGGUUACACGUAAGGAGAUCGAUGUGAUUUCGGUGCCGCGCAAGGACACGCUCAUCGUGCAUGAGCCACGCAACAAAGUCGACCUAACAAAAUUCCUCGAAAAUCAUAAAUUCCGCUUUGAUUACGCAUUCGAUGAUCACUGCGACAAUGCCAUGGUCUACAAGUACACUGCUAAGCCCUUAGUGCAGACAAUUUUCGAUGGUGGCAUGGCGACAUGUUUCGCUUACGGUCAGACGGGCGCCGGAAAAACACACACCAUGGGCGGCGAAUUCAAUGGCAAAGUGCAGGACUGUAAAAAUGGCAUUUAUGCAAUGGCAGCACGUGACGUUUUCACUUUUUUGAAAAGUCCACGUUAUCGUGCGCUCAAUUUGGUUGUGUCCGCUAGCUUCUUUGAGAUCUACAGUGGAAAGGUCUUUGAUUUACUCUCUGACAAGCAAAAAUUGCGCGUACUCGAAGAUGGCAAGCAGCAAGUGCAAGUUGUGGGCUUGACUGAGAAGGUCGUCGAUAGUGUCGAAGAAGUGCUCAAACUCAUACAGCAUGGUAAUACGGCGCGCACCUCAGGUCAAACGUCGGCCAACUCUAAUUCAUCGCGUUCGCAUGCCGUUUUCCAGAUUGUUUUGCGCCCGCCGGGUUCAACAAAAAUACACGGCAAGUUCUCAUUCAUCGAUUUGGCUGGCAAUGAACGUGGUGCCGACACAUCUUCGGCCAAUCGACAGACACGUAUGGAAGGCGCUGAAAUUAACAAGUCACUGCUGGCGCUCAAAGAAUGUAUACGAGCGUUGGGUAAACAAUCGGCUCACUUGCCAUUCCGCGUAUCGAAAUUGACACAGGUUUUGCGUGACUCAUUUAUUGGUGAGAAGAGUAAGACGUGCAUGAUUGCGAUGAUAUCGCCAGGGUUGAGUUCAUGUGAACAUACAUUAAAUACGCUCCGCUAUGCGGAUCGUGUCAAGGAGCUGGUGGUUAAGGAUAUGCCGGAUAUGAUGCGAGAAGGUGAUGGAGAACAUGCCAUUAUGGAGGAGGACGAAGAUCAAAUGGUCGUACAGAAUAAUCGAUCACAUAAUCACAAUAUUAACAAUAACAAUAAUAACAACAAGAACAAUGGACAAAUGUCGGAGAACGAUUUGGCGUUAUUGCGAUCGCUAAGUGAACACGAUAUGUCCGAUGAGUUGCUCGUGCAACAUGCAGCUAUUUCCGAUUUGCAGCAACACGAAGAAAUGGUAGUGGAUCAGCAUCGUUUAGUCAAUGACUUUCUGUCACAGUUUUUGCCCGAAUCCCUACGGCUGUACGAUCUUACCAAUUAUGUUGAUUACGAUCAGGAUGCCUACUGUAAGCAAGGCGAAGCGCUUUUCACACAACUUGCCGAAUUGGCAACUAGUUGUAGAGACUUAAUGGCCGAUUUUCGGGCUAAAAUGGCCAAGGAAGAGAUGUUGUCGUGCACUGUUAAGCCCACAGGCGGUAAGCGCUAAGUGGUUGGCUACUAAAUAGAGAGCGAAAUGCACAUUAAAAGCAACUACAUUUAUAAUUAUAUGAAAAAUAAUACAUUUAAAAUCCAGAAAAGCGAUGUUAAUGCACAGCAUAGCAGUGUUGAAUGACAGCAGUAGAAAAAAAAAAUUAAGAAAGAUUAUGAUGUUGAAUACCAGCUACAACAACAGCAACAAUAUAGAAUAGCAACAACAACAAUUAACUGAUAAUACGUAUAAAAAGAUACAAAAAUACUCUAAAAGAACUAAAGUAACGCAACCACAUCACCAACACAGCAAGUAACAAACAAAAAAGUAUAUCGAACACCGCAUUUUCGAGAUGUACCUAACCUGAAGGUGGUGGGCGUAAUAUUCAUUUAUGGUGUUUAUAUAUAAGCAUUUGCAAAUGCAUACACAUCAACACUACGUUUAUUAGACGCGCAACAGCAGUUGUCUGCAACAAUAAUCUUAAUCAUUCUUUUUCGAAUGCACACGGGCAUGUACUAUGUAUUUCAAUUGUACGCUGUAAGCUUAUUUUUGUAUAAGUUUCCCAAAAGCAAACUUUGUAAACUUUGUGUAUGUGUCGAAAAAGCGAAGUCGUGCGUAUUAGACAUCAAAGUCAUGCAGACAGCCGCAUCACUCGCAUUACAUCUGUUUCAUGUGGUGCCUAAUUAACCAGACACUAAUCUCAAAAGCGAUCAUCAACAAUCAAAAACUACCGCCACGCACUAAGCUGUCGUUCAAGCUAACAGCUAGCGCAGCGCUCAUCAAUUGUCAGCAGCAGUAUAAUGCUAACUGGCAUCUGCAACACAUUUCUAGCGCAUAUUCUACUAACUUUCAUCUAGCCAACGCGCGUCACAAUCUCCUCAAAUCUCACCUCAUUCACUCCACACGCACACAUGUAGUUGUUAUAUACCAUUACUAUCGAUGCCCAAGUUGGCUGAUUGAUAUACGCAUGCGGAGUUAAGACGUUGUGUGGACUUGGACGUUGAUUUAAUGUUGAUGAUAAUGAUGUUGAAGUUGAAUGCAUAUUAUAAUUUUAAUAAUAAUGUUUCGUCUUUUAUCUUCCUAAGCUAUUUAUUUUUUGAAUUUAAUAUUUUUUUAUACUUACAUGGAAAAACGGCAUGACAAAAACAUAACCACAAAUUGUGAAUCUAAAAAAUGUAUAGAAAACGCAAGUAUUAAGAGAUGCUUCAUCAUCGAACGUUGUUGUAGUGAAAGUCCCAGUAUGGGCACUUGAAAUCAAAAGACCAUUUUAAUCAUAAAAAGAUGCUAUAUGGCAGCGAAAUCGCAUAAGCAAUGAUAAGCAAACACUUAUUAUAUAUGUGUGUGCAAAACAAAGGGACAUUUUUCUGCCAUAUAGUUGUAUUAAUCCAAUGUAUUAAACUAUCUAUACAAUGCGUAUUUAUAUGUAUUUAAAAAAUGUACGCCAAUCUUUUAAUUGUGGCCUACGCCCGCCCUAUGCAUCAUUUUCACUUUUUUUGUUAUGUAAGCCUUUGUACAACGAACCACACAAGCAAUCUUACGCACAUGUUGUCCUCCACCCGCACCUUAUCGCGCUGAGAUAAUCCUACACUUGCUUUUCUUUAUUGAAAUUAUUUUGUUUUGAAAAUUUAUAAUCUGGUUACACAGAAAAAUGUUUUCUUUAAACGGUGCGCCAAUCUUCCAGAUUUUUAAACGCACACAUGUUUUUUAACCUUGUUUUGGCUACUCUUCCUCUCUCAUUCAUUUGCGUAAUUUGCCAAAUUCUCUAAACCCCUUAAAAACGCUUACUUGCUAAAAAGACAUU